AUGAACACGAACACGGCGCCAGGUCGCGAAGAAAAGGAUGACCCGCAACGCAUCGACGGUUCGGAAUUUUUGGCCCAAGUACGGGGAACGGGUGGAGGCAAUCCGUCACGGGAUACAGCGAUCGCCACCGCUCACAGCGAAGAAACCUUGCGAGCCCGCAACGGAUCUUUGGGACAACGACAGAAUCUUGCCGCGUUGGCCGACCUUUUCGUCCAACCAACAUCGGUGUCUAGUCAUCCUACACUGGCUAGCUCGGAUGGCGGCAGUACUUCCGCGACCUCGACAAGUAACUCCCCACAGCCAGAGCAAGUGCAUACUUUGCCGGCCAAUAAUGGAGCCUCGCAGUUGCCAAAUUCCUUGCCACCACGGCAUCCCCCACAUCACCAACGCAAGGUCUCAUGGGGGAGAGAUGUUCCGCAGGGAGAAGAGCAAACUCAACAAAGUCGUCAGAAACGCACGAGCAGUGGUGAUCUCGGUUUGAACUUGCCCGAGCUGGACUCGACGUCUUCAGCUCCACCGGUUCUCGAACAACAGGUUGGAGACUCGUGGAUGCCUCCGCCUAGGCUUCGCCUGACCUCUUCCAAUUCCGUCGGGGGUGCUCCACAGGGAGGCGAUCGCCUUCGCCUGGAUCACAUCCUCCAUGCCGGACCAUUUGAACAGGAAGCCGAAACCCAUAUUCUCAAAGCUUUGGAGCAACAAGCCGCGGAGGAAGGGGCGAUGCACCGCGACCGAGCGGACACGGGAACCUCCACGAUUCUGAGCCACAUUCCCGAUUCCGUUCACGGUUUCCGUCUCGAAUCGCCUAGGAACUCUGUAGAUUCUAACCAGGCGAACGCUACGACGUCGGACACCGGCGAUCCGGUAACGUCGGAGUCACAAUCGGCGAGUCGCCAAGAGCAAACACCCCUGGUACGAGAGCGUCCCGUCCCCCUACACAAACGUAACCAGAGCGUGGAGCAGACGUUGUUUGGUCUCACUACUGCUUUGUCAGCCUUACACCACGGAGAGCCCUUACCUCAUCAGGCACCGACGCACAAUCAGCGGCGACAGUCGCAUCCUCCUCCUCCUGAUACGAACUCUUCUCCGGAAGAAGAACCUUUGGGGUCCGCGGAUCAAUUGGCCAACAACGCGGUACGUAUUGCCAAAAUGGAAGAAGAGGGGACGAAAAAGCAGAACAAAGGUGCAGAACGGUGGGCAUCAAUUCAGCAAAAUUUGCCCACUUUGUUGGAGGGAAAGCUGGAGAAGGUAGAGGCACCAGAAGGAGGCGACGUAGAAAUAGGCAAGCAAGAACCCAGUUCCAAUUCUGUGACGAGCAGCAAUAGUGCAUCAGACGGAGUAACGCAACGCCAUCGUUUCCGAAAAAAUGGCCGUGGCGCUGCUGUCUUUGGAAACGCCAACACCCGUUUUAAAGAAGACGUAGAGCUGUGGCGCUCCUUUUUCCAACCCCGCCGAGGAGCCUUGAGAUCUUAUGUAAAAAAUGUGCUUCUCUAUUUGAUAUUGCCAGCGGCAGGUGUUGCAGCAAUACUAUACUACUUGGUGGAGAAUCCACCCACAGGAAAGUCAGAGGAUGGCUCCAGCGGCGAUCAUGCUUCGGCGUCUUGGUGGAUCUUAUUUAUCUGCAUUCGCCAAAUUAUUACUUUUUCGAUGGCUCUCGGUGCCCAAACACUGAUUAUUGACUAUCUCGCUCUGGGCAGCCGCAAUCUGCUCCGCCUCGCGGGUCCAGUUGUCACCCUGCUCAUCGUUCAAAGCAAGGGAUGGCCCUUUUUGUUCUUCUCUUGGUCGUUGUUUGACUUCGCGAUGCUGUCUGGUACGGGUCCUUUUGCUGCGCACUGGGCCUUCUGGCAGAAUACUGUCGGGCUUUUCAACGAAAAGAAUCCAAGCGGAAAUGUGGUCUCAAAUGAAUGGAAUAUUCGUUUGUUGGCUGUUGCGAUGGUGAUCAAUAUGAACGAUCGCGACCCGCUGACGGGAAACCUGCAGUAUUCCGAAAAGAUGAAGUUGAGACAACUGUUAGAGCGGUGGGAAGAACCGGAUCGGGAAUUUGAUCAGCAGAGGACAACCUACCCGUUCUCUUUUGCGUUUGGCCCCGCACAUUAUAGAGAGCAGUGUAUCGAUUCUGCACAAGAAGUCUACAUGCGCCUUUAUAAGCACAAUGCGGAAGAGCUGGUCCUUCACUUUGAGACUAUUGCCCUUAUUGCUCUUCGUGAGGACGGCAGCGUUGACCAGGACAAAGCGAAGGAUUUGGUUAAGCUCUUUCGUCCAGACCGCGAGGGAAAUUUGACUAUGCUGGAUUUUGUAAAAAGCAUCGAUGCUGUUUACAAAGACUUUCGGCUUUUGAGUGCUUCGAUCGAGAACUCUACACAGAUUGACCGUGCAUUCGAAAACAUUUUCAAUAUUGGAUUCUAUGCCGUUGUGAUCACGGUAACAUUAUCACAGCUGGGAUUCGAUCCUUUGGCCCUUUUUCUAAGCCUUUCCUCUGUCAUUCUCGCAUUCGCUUUUGCGAUUGGCAGCGCAUCUGCGAAAUAUUUUGAAGGGGUUCUGUUUAUUCUUGUCCGCCGUCCUUAUUCGAUCGGUGACCGGGUGCAUGUGUCGAACGUCGAAGCCGAUACCAGCUUUGACGGAUCGCCUGGCUGGGUUGUGGAAAACGUAACACUUUUUGAAACCACGGUUAUUUGGGGGCCCACCAACGAGCGUGCUAGCCUGUCCAACGGCUCGCUUGCUAACAGUCGUAUUAUCAACCUUGCACGAUCGCCACAAGCCCAAUUAUUUAUCUAUCUCAAGAUCCCAAUUGACACUUCCUACGAAAAGAUUCUGAUUUUCAAAUCAGCCGUGGAGGAAUACAUGAAGGCCCGUCCCCGGGAAUGGCUGGCACUCAAUGGUUUUCGGGCGAAUCGUAUUGCUGCCGACUUGGGCUGGACGGAAUAUCUUAUUAUCAUUCAGCACCGUGAAAGUUGGCAAGAAGUGGGUCAGGUCCUCGAUAGCAAGGCCAAUUUGAGCAGUUAUUGUCAGGAAGUGGCCAAACAGCUCAACAUUCACUACAAAGCGCCACCACUACCGGUCAAUCUCAAGUACGCACAAGCGGCCAGUCCAGAGGAAGUCCUGGAAAGCAGCGAUGCGAUUGACACCGAUUUGGACAGUGUGGCUCGGACCCAAGAAUUUCGGUCGAUGGCCUUGAGCAAGCACAACAUUCGAUACAGUUAG